UCUGAUCUGUCCUUUUUAAGACCCAAAUUCUCCUGGGACUUUAACAGGAAUUUUGGCUGGGAAGGAGGAAGGGAGAGGAGGUGAAGAAGGGGAGGUGGGACCUGAGGAGGAGGAUUGGCUCCUUCAGGACAUAAGAGUUCCCCUCUCCCCUCUGCAGCAAAGAAAGAAAAAAAAAAAGAAGAAGCAAGAUGAGAAAGUCAUUGUGCAUGUUGGCUGCAGUGAUUUUACUGGGAGGCAGUGUGAGCGKAGACAAAGCGACCACCCUGAGUCCCUCAGUGUUCAACUUCACCACCCCGGUGAAGGUGAGCUGGACCGAGGCAGACAGAGCGUUUGAGCAGAGCAGAGAUGCAGUGACUCCAACAGCAGCUCAGACCAAGCUGCUCUCCACCACCAGGAGCAGCAGACCUGUCAAAGACCCCACAGAUGUCAGUGAAGACAGAGAGAAACUGAAAAACAACAGAGAUGAGCYCAACACAAAGGACCAGAAAGAAGAACUGGCCUGUCCUCCCAUCGGCCUGGAGUCCCUGCGAGUCGAUGACAGCCAGAUCCAAGCCUCGUCCCACCAGAGAACUGGUCUGGGCCCCCAYAGAGGAAGACUCAACAUCCAGUCUGGCAUUGAAGAUGGAGACCUGUACGACGGAGCUUGGUGUGCUGAAUAUAAGGAUCGGAACCAGUGGCUUGAAGUGGACACCAUCCAUCCCACYCUGUUUACUGGAGUCAUCCUGCAGGGCCGGAACUCCAUCUGGAGUUGGGACUGGGUCCAAACCUACAAAGUUCAGCUGAGCAACGACUCUGUGAAUUGGCAGACCUGCAUGAAUGGAACAGAGGAGGCAGUAUUUGAAGGAAACCAGAAUCCAGAGACUCCGGUUCUUGGGCUCCUUCCAGUUCCCACCGUGGCCCGCUUCAUUCGCAUCAACCCCCAGACCUGGUACUCCAAUGGGACCAUCUGCCUCAGGGCUGAGAUUCUUGGCUGCAGUGUUGACGAUCCAGCAGACAUUUAUGAAGAAAAAAGAUCAAAAGAUGAGCUGGAAUUCAAACACCACAACUACAAAGAGAUGAGGAAGCUCAUGAAGUCUGUGACUGAAGAGUGUCCGGACAUCACGCGCAUCUACACCAUUGGGAAAAGCUACACAGGUCUGAAACUGUACGUCAUGGAGAUAUCAGACAACCCUGGCAAACAUGAACUGGGUGAGCCGGAGUUUCGCUACGUGGCGGGGAUGCAUGGAAACGAGGCCCUCGGCCGAGAGCUGGUCCUGAACCUCAUGCAGUUCUUGUGCAAAGAAUACAAAAAGGGCAACCAGCGAGUUGUACGGCUGGUCAAAGAGACCAGAAUCCACCUCCUGCCCUCCAUGAACCCUGAUGGAUAUGAAGUAGCUUAUGAGAAGGGAUCAGAGCUGGCUGGCUGGGCUGACGGACGAUACAGUUUUGAAGGAAUCGAUCUGAAUCACAACUUUCCAGAUCUCAACAACAUCAUGUGGGACGCCCAAGAAAAUGCAGCUGAUAACUCCAAAGUCCCCAACCACUACAUCGCCAUCCCAGAAUACUACACUCAGGAAGACGCCAUGGUUGCCCCAGAGACACGAGCCGUCAUCAGCUGGAUGCAGGAUAUUCCCUUCGUGCUUAGUGCCAACCUGCACGGCGGAGAGCUGGUCAUCACGUACCCUUUCGACUGUACUCGGGACUGGGCCCCCCAGGAAGACACGCCCACCGCAGACGACGCCUUCUUCCGCUGGCUGGCCACCGUCUACGCCUCCACACAUCUGGUGCUGGCCAACCCUGACCGCCGCAUCUGCCACUACGAGGACUUCCAGUCGCACAACAACAUCAUCAACGGCGGAGCCUGGCACACAGUUCCCGGCAGUGAGUCACCUCCGACACCUGAGGGUUAAACACAAACAUGUACAGAGAGCUCUUAAGUCUGUCUGUUAGCAAAUAUUUCGUG